AUGUCGGCUAUUCAUCGUCUCAAUCGAGAGAGCGGCAUUGCAUGGUUGUUGUCCUGGGAGAAGACCGGUGUUGGAGGAGUGCAUGUGAGGUCGAAGGCGCUCUUAGUCAUCUCGACUUCACGCGACUUUCGAGAAUUGGUCUUCGUCCAGAGCAACAGCAUUUCUCUUGGUGUAGCAAGUUCAGCAUCUCUGUCGAUCGCAAUGGGCUGGCUGUGGUCUUCAUCGACGACUGGAGAUGGCCAGAGAUCAUCAGAUGGGCGGGCAGACGGCGACAAGCCUCGAGGAUUCGGCCUGAACGAAGAACAACGAACGCGCAUCUUCGGCCUGGCGAGUGCAGACAAGACGCGAGACGCAGCAGCAGAGAAGGAACUGGCCACCUUCCUUAACUCCGUGUCCGAGCCAGACGCCUCAGAGAGCAAAGCAGCUACACCCGCAGCCAACCCUUCCCACGAAACAUCGCCUCCAGAACAACCCCCCCACGACCGCAUCCUCCCCGACGGCAGCCUCAACAUCUCCCCCUCCGCCCUCUACCCCCGCACCAUGUCCUGCCGACAAGCCUUCGACCAAGCCUUCUACUGCCAAUCCCUCGGCGGCAAGUUCAACGACAUCUAUCGCUACGGCCACCUCCAAGACUGCAGCGAGCAAUGGGGGGCCUUCUGGUUCUGCAUGCGGACGCGGACGCUUUCCGGGCCGGAGAAGGAGAUGCAGAUCCGGGAGCAUUAUAAGCAGAGGGAUGAGAGGAAGAGGGGGGAGUUUGGGAGUAGUGAGGAUGUGUGGGAGAUUAGGGAGAAGCCGGUGUUGAAGGCUUUUUGGAGGGAUCCGGAUGCGGAGGAUUGA